ACCAGCGUAGCGUAAACCAGUCGUAUUCUAAGAAUUACGCGUCGCCAAGCACUUCACCUUGGUUGCCGGUUGCAUUUCUAAAGUUUAAUUUUAGUGAACAUAAUUUUAUAAUAGUUUCGGAAAUGGGAAAGCAUAAAGAAGAGAGCAAUGAGAAGCUAUCUGAUGGGUUGCUAAGCGAGCUGAUGGUGGAAGAUGAGAAGACAGAGUCCCAACACCAGGAGUCAGAAGGUGAAGUCACGCAUUGCAAGGGUGGAGAGAUCGGCUAUGGAACAGGAGAUGCAAUGUUAGGCAGUUUCGUGGUGGCGCCCUUAGUGGUCGGAGUCUGGAGAAGCACUUGGGGCAUCAUGGAUCUCAACCACAAGCUGUUCCCAUACGCACAGACUUAUAUCAUGGGCAUCGUACUCCACACGUGCUUCGCUUUAGUCAGGUCACGACUCCUGGCGCGAUCCAAAGGCGCGUGGAGCGGGGCGGACGGCGGCGCGGGGCGAUGGCUGCUGGAGCGGGCGCUGUCCAGAGUGUACACGUAUAUCUUCAUUCUCGCCAACAUUAACCACUGGAGGGGCGGCUGGGGCCUGCUCGAUGCCGUCAUCGUGGCUAUAUUGCCCAAUGACAGCGAUCCUCACAGAUGGGUGUUAAUGGCAUCCUUCCACAUAUUCUUCUACAUCAGCAUAGCGGCGCUGCGCUCGGCGAGGAAUCUCCUCGCCCCGCCUUACUUCCUCGUCACCGACGGGAAGGAAGCCACGUACAUCUUCACCACCAGAUUCAAAACAACUAGCAGCAGAGAGACAGUACUGUAUGUGUUGGACUGCGUGUUCUCCGUGGCGGUGGUUGGUUCGCUCGUCGUCUUCGUGUGGAGAGGGUCAUGGGCAUUGCUGGACAUAUUUCUGUUCCCUGAUGACAAGGUUAAGUCAAGCUGGACGUCGUUGAUAGUUGGGUACGCCCUGGUAGUGGCUACCUUCGCUCUCCAAGCGCCAAUCCGCUGGGCGGCCGCGAGGCUACACGGCGCGCCCCGGCUCCUCCUGGCUGACGUCUAUCAUCUGGUCUCCUUCCUUGCUACAGUCAAUGUGUGGAGAGGCGUGUGGGGUAUGCUGGAUCUGUACUUCUUCCCAGAAACGCCAAAACUCAGCAAUUGGUGCUCCCAUGUGAUCAGCCUCACUUUGCUGAUCCUCCUCAACUGUUCCAACUCAGUUCUCGUGAGAGGAGUCUACAUCGACGCGGAGGAACCCGCGGGCGAGUGCGUGGUCUUCCCAUGCCACUACCUAAGGCUGUACUUCCACAAGGAACGAACCAAGAAGAGGCACAGAAGGGCCUUAGCUGCUGCAGCUGCGGCUAGGAAGGAAGAUGCGAGUUUACCUUUACAACAUCCUGAAGAAAAAGUGUAGUGGACUAAUAGUUACAUUAAAAAUCCAGUGAUGAAGAAUGUGCUGUGACCAAUCUUUGAAAGAAUUUCGAAGGGUUUCGACUAUAGGUCACUAAAUAGUGCGGCAAUGACCCAAAGUGAGAUCUCCUAUAGCAUCUCCACAUGGGUUUGCAUGCCACUGAUGUAAAGUUAUGUAAAUAAAACACAUUAAUUAAGUUUAGGGUAACAUUCACUUAAUGAUUGAAGCAAUAGGUGUGUUAAAGUAGUAAGAUAAUAAAGUGAACCGCAGCUAUAUUAUUUGCACUGGUUUUUAUUACUAGCUUUCAUUUUACUUGCAAUGUUACUAUGUCUCGGGUGGAAUCUUGCAACUCCAUUUUGAUGCAGAUAUUUUCAACCGUUCGAGCUAAAAUUUUGUACACACGUUAAGUUUGGAUGGCAAUGCAUUAUAAUGAUAAGCUUGACCAGAUCGUGCGCUCAGGAACGGCUCUAGACGUGGAAACUCCUCAACGGUUUACUGUACGGACGGACAUGAAUUUGUGUCAGACAGUUUUUUUAAUGCAAUAAGCGCUCGCUCUUUAGACACAAGUCAAAAAUAACAUUUUUGUAAAAAGCUUAUUCAUUAUUAUAAACAGAUUUUGUUACGAUAUGUUUAAUUUAAAACUUUAUUUUAUUUUUUAUGACAAAUUUGAGCUGAGUCCUGUAAUAACAUAUUCUUUUAAAUUUAUAAUUUGUAGUGUUAAUUACGUAGUUGAUUUAUUUAUGUACUUUCUAUAAGACUCGACUCUAUUGUUUUAAUAGAAUUGUCAAGAGUUACUGUAGUUCAUAAAACAUCAAGUCAACAGACGCCAGGUUUGGCGCCAUAAUCGUGCAUUCAACAACGUGUGAGCCGUUGAUACGGCGCGGUGUUCAAACUCAAGCCUUUAGCCUUAACAGUUGCCCUGUUACGUAAGCGAAUGUGGCAGGGCCAUUUUCAGUGGGGGGCAGGGAGUGGCCGCAAUAUACCGCUAUUAAUUGUUAUUUAUACUGUGCUGGUGUAGUAUGCCUAUAAGUAAGAAUAUAAUGCAAAAAAUCUAUUUGUAAAUAUAAAGAGUAUACUAUGUAUUAUAUAAAGCGGCUAUGCUCGCUGUCGCCAAAUUCAGACAGAUCCGAAUGAACGUACAUUGCGUUGCGUGUGAAGUUUUUUUUAUCGAUAGGAAAAACCAGCAAUGUACGUAGAAACCGCCAAGCUUGGCGGACUGUUUGUGUAAUGUAUAGCUGGCAUAAAAUAAUGUAUUAAUACGCAUGUUCGCCAAAAUGCAAAUUUCGAAUUCUUAUUGUGAUGAAUAAAUUUCAACUCUGUAAUCGAUACAUCGUUUUCUAUUUCUCUUCGAUUGUAUCGUACUCUUCUUACUGGUCAGUAAAAAAAAAAUAAUAAUUGAGUUUAUAAACACUUUAUUUGAGAUUCUAAAAAAAGACGGCAUCUCGCCUAUGAUCCCAUAGAGGGUUUUACCAAAUCGUGAAAAGAGAAGUCUUUCUUAAACCAAUAAACGAUAAGGAUUUUAUGUACCUAAUAUUAUCUGAAGACGGAAGUACAUAAUAAAAAUAUAA